UCUGAGCUAAUUAUUAGUCAUGCUAAUCACUGUAAAUAAUAUUAUAACGAGUACGCACUAGACCUGCUCUCCAUGGAAAGGCUCAUGAGACCUUCUGUUAGAGUUUGGCAGUUAUAAGGUGGAUUUAUGAGGUCAGUUUAAAAGCAUCAUGAUGUGUUUUUAGAUUUUUACAGACACCAUGGAAACGUGACGGUGUCUUCACGUUCCGGUGUCUUCACGUUCCGGUGUAAUCGGUUAUCCAUUGCUCACACCUAGUCCAGAGGUCACUGCUGUGACGUCUCCCUUUGUCCACAAGUAGAAACGAUGUGUCUCACUCUGUCGUCCGUUGUCUGUCCCUCUGUCUGCGUCCCGUGAGUCGUCCGUUGGAGCCAUGGGCUGGAAGAAGAAGAUCACAAUCGGUGUCCUGGCUGUAUCGAUUGUGACCCUAAUCCUCGGACUUGGACUUGGUCUUGGAUUGGACAAAGAUCCAGACCCCCCCCAAACGUCCUGCAGGAAUCGGUGCUUCGAGCCGUACGACGGCGACGUCCCGGGCUGCAAAUGUGACGUGAACUGUAAAGCCACCAACAGCUGCUGCUACGACUACCACGACAUCUGCACGGUCCCGACCGAGCAGUGGGAGUGCACCAAGUUACGAUGUGGAGAGAAGAGGCUGACGCAGAGCAGGUGUCACUGCUCCGACGACUGUCUGUCUGCACGGGACUGCUGCACGAACUACAAACAUGUCUGCCACGGAGAGAAAGCGUGGGUGGAGGACGAGUGUGAGGACCUGUCAGCUCCGUCAUGUCCAGCAGGCUUUAAGAAGCAGCCUCUCCUUCUCAUCUCUUUGGAUGGGCUGCGAGCCGAGUACCUGCAGACCUGGAGCGCUCUCAUCCCUGUUCUGGACAAGCUCAGGACGUGUGGAACCUCGGCGCCGUACAUGCAGGCGGCGUUUCCCAGCAAGACGUUCCCCAAUCAUUACACUAUUGUUACGGGUCUCUAUCCACGAGUCCAACGGUUGAUUGACAACGUCAUGUACGACCCGGUGUUCGAUGCCUCUUCAUCUGUCCAAUUCAGAGAAAAAAUAAACCUGCCUGUGUACCUCGGACAGCCUAUCUGGCACACAGCGCGGUACCAGGGGCUGAAGUCCGGGACUUUCUUCUGGCCGGGAUCAGACGUCAAAAUCAAUGGAAGCUAUCCCAACAUCUACGAACCUUACAAUGGUAAAGUUCCAUUUGAAGAAAGAGUAUUCACUGUGUUGAAGUGGCUACAGCUCCCAGAUAAUGAAAGACCAGAUUUCUACACGUUGUAUCUGGAGGAACCUGAUAAAUCUGGACACAGCUAUGGCCCUGUCAGCGGAGGGUUGAUUAAAGCGAUCCAGGGCGUUGAUAAUAUCAUGGGCCAGCUAAUGAAUGGCCUCAAACAGAUUGGUCUACAUCGCUGCCUCAACAUUAUCAUCUUGGCAGAUCACGGUAUGGAGGAAACCAGCUGUGACAGGAAGGAGGUUCUGCAGAACCUGGUGGGAGACAUCAGCAACUUCUGGGUCACAGAGGGACCAUUUGGACGAAUCAGAGCCAAAAAUAAAGACACAGUGUUGGACUCAGCUGGACUUGUUGCCAACAUGACGUGUAAGACGGCAGACCAAAAGAUCAAGCCGUACUUGAAGGCCAACCUACCAAAGCGCCUCCACUUUGCCAACAGCCGGCGCAUUGAAGAUGUUAACGUCCUGGUCGAUCUAAAAUGGCUGUUUGAGAGGUAUCCAGGAUCUCUCACUUUCUGCUCUGGUGGCGCUCACGGUUAUGACAACGAUGCUGAGAGCAUGCACGCCAUGUUUCUCAGUUACGGACCCAAGUUUCAAAGUAAAACAGAAAUCGAACCCUUUUCCAACGUCGAGCUGUACAACCUCAUGUGUGAUGUGCUGCAGAUUGCUCCCACUGACAACAACGGGACCCACGGCAGUAUGAACCACAUGCUGAGGCAGCCGUUCUAUGAGCCAGCAUCCCCUGCGGAGCAGAGCCCCCCCGUGAAGUGUCCGCUGGUCAGCCUCGACCCCGCAGACUCUCUGGGAUGUUCCUGUACUGCCCUGGGUGGAAAUGAUAUCAACACCCGUCUGAAUCUGACAGCAGACGAAGAGUCUGCUGCAGAGAAGAAGCACACCCCGUUUGGUCGUCCUCGGAUGCUGCAGCCUAACCAGAGUUACUGCGUCCUCCACCAGGAGGGAUUCAUCAACGCCUAUAGCCAUAAAGCUCUGAUGCCUCUGUGGAGCUCCUUCACAAUGGACAAACCAAUGGACUCGGAUCCGUUGGAUCCAGUGGUGCAAGACUGUUUGAGGCCUGAUGUCAGACUGACGCCAUCCCAGAGUCCGACAUGUGACCAGUACAACAAUGCUGGAAAUCUUACGCACGCAUUCCUGUACCCACCGAAUCUGAACGCGACAGCGGAUCAACAGUACGAUGCUCUGAUAAUGAGUAACGUGGUGCCAAUGUACCCCGAGUUUAAGAAGAUCUGGGACUACUUUCACAACACGCUUUUAAAGAAAUAUGCCGUCACUUACAACGGGAUCAGUGUAGUAACAGGACCUGUGUUUGAUUACAACUACGACGGCCGGUUCGACACUCCAAGCCAAAUCCAGCAAUUUGUGUCUGGCACCAAGAUCCCCAUCCCCACACAUUACUUUGCAGUGCUGAGCAGUUGCAGGGAUACAGCCCACCCCGUGACUGCCUGCGUUGGAGAGCUGCAGACUGUGUCCUUCCUCUUGCCUCACAGACCAAACAACAUGGAAAGCUGCAAAAGCACACUACCCGAAUCUCACUGGGUUGAAGAUCGCAUGUGGUUCCAUCAGGCACGUGUCAGAGACGUCGAAUGGAUCACAGGAUUGGACUUUUACCAGGACAGCAACAGACCAAUCCCAGAGCUUCUGAAGAUGAAGACCCGCCCCACAGCUGCCAUUCAAAGAAAAUAAUAAAAAAACUGCUUCUUACACACACACACACACACACACACACACACACACCAAAUCACCAAUCAGAUUAAUAUUCAAAAGUAUAUUGAUUGUUUUGGUCAACACUGAACUGAAGUUAUGAAUUACACAACAUAGUUUAUUUUUUUAACUUUAAAAUUUUAUGUGUGUUGUUUGUUGUUUAAUCUUAUUAUAUUCAUAUUGUCAUGAUUGCCAUUGUUAUUAUUAUUAUUGUUAUUAUUUUGUUAUUUCAAGCAAAGUCCGAAUGAGACGAGAUUGAGCGUCCAUUUAAAGUCCCUGUAAAGACAAUUCUGAGAUUUCUUUCAAAACACAUUAAACAUGUAAGAUAGUUGCUGAAAACAUAUGAAGAGACUUUA